AUGAUUGAUAUCAAGCCCACUGUAUUGGAGUACAAACCUCCAUUGACCGCUCAAGCUACUGAGUAUGUUACUGUUACCAACAACUCAGAUCAGGCGGUAGUUUUCAAAGUGAAAACCACAGCUCCCAAAUUUUAUUGUGUUAGACCUAAUGCCGCUUUGGUGGCUCCAGGCGAGCAAGUGCAAGUGCAAGUCAUUUUAUUGGGCUUAGCUGAGGAACCUGCUGCAGACUUCAAGUGUCGCGACAAGUUCCUUGUGAUAACCUUGCCAGCUCCAUAUGACCUAGGUACCUCCAGCGUCACGGAGGCGUGGCCACAAUUGGAAGCCGAGUUUAAACAGCACGCUGUUUCUAAGAAGAUCAAAGUCAAGUACUUAUUGGGCGAAGAAUCAUCUGUAGAUGAACCAAGUACAUCUAGUGAAAAUAAGACCAGUGGAGGCACCGUGAUCCAAUCCGAACCAGAUAACAAGGACAUCAAGGAUGUGACGGUCAAACCAAAUGCCCCUGCGUCGGAGCCAUUGUCAGAAACCAAGAAGGACUUGACAACUGGUUCGGAAGAAACAUCAAAGGAGACCAAGGCUCAAUCUGAACUGGAAUCCAAAACUGGAACAGCUAAUGCUUCACUACAAGGGUCAUCGAAGCAAGAAACACCCCUAAAUCUAGCCAUUAUAUUAUUCGUGGCGCUUAUCGCACUGGUUCUCGGGUGGAUGUACUAUUAA